UACCCACAUCAUCUUAUCUCGUUAUAUACAUGUUGUACCACACAGAUACAUUAGUCCUUUACUUUUUAUCUUGACAAGCUACAUCGAAGUCUCCAGAAAUGCAGUCUGAUGUUAUUCAAGAGAAAAUUAUAGCAGUUGGCCCAAGACUUGAAGAUGAGAACACUUUAUCAACAGAACAUCAGCCCAGCCCUAGUAGUUCCAAGGAGGCUUUGUCCCAUUUAAAAACAGAGGAGAGUAUGGAGCUCCCGCCUGAUGUCUUAACACAUUUGACAGAAAGCUCAUACGACAUUGAAAAUCCACCAGCUCGUCUAGCAGUCUGGGAUUUUGGAGGACAAAGUGUGUAUUACAACACCCACCACACAUUCCUUUCUUCCAGAGCUAUUUACAUUCUUGCCAUUGAUAUGAGCCUUGCUUUAACAGACAGGCUUGACGACCAAUGGCAUGGUGCUGAACACUUCUCAGGAACUAUUCUUGACUUUACUGAUUAUUGGAUAGAUGCAAUCCAUACUUAUGCGCAACAGCAAAACAUAAGUGAAGAUGGGGUAUUGUCCCCCCGAAUAAUCAUUGCUUGCACGCAUAAAGACAGAUACCUGGAAAAUGUUCCCAAAGAAAAGCAUGAAGAAGAAAUAAAUGCGUACUUUGCUAAAUUGCGGCAGCAUAUACAACAGAAGAGAAGUGGUGUGCAUGUUGAUCCUCGUUUCUUUGCAAUUGACAACACAUGUCAAAAUGAAGAUCAAGAAAUAUCUGAUCUCCGUCGAUAUAUUAUGAAAAUUGCUGAAAGCCAAAAAUCUUGGGGAGAGAAGAAUCCAAUAAGAUGGAUUAGAUUAGAAGAAGAUCUUCAGCUGCGACGAGCACCCGAGAAACGAGGAAAAAGGUGGAUAAGGUAUGAGGAGCUGCAAAAUUUAGCCCUCGAAGUUGGAAUGCAGGAUGCCAUUGAGCUGAAGUCAUUCCUCCAGUUCCAUCAUGACAUUGGAGAUCUUAUGCACUUUCAGACUGAUGAUCUUUCAGACACUGUCAUUCUGAAUCCAACAUGGCUGAUAGAUGCAUUCAGGUCUAUCAUAGCAGUUGAUAAACACCAUGUCAAAGCCAAAGGGACUCCGUAUUGGUCUGCAUUAAAGAGGGGCAUCUUAGAUGAAAGACUUUUGGAUGAGCUAUGGGGAGAUGACAGUGAAUUGAAGUCCAUUGUAAUCGGUGUUAUGGUACAAUUCAACAUUCUUUUCCAACAGGACGUCAAGCCAGGUACAACAGAAAAGCCUACUUCUCGACAGUUCUAUGUGCCCAGCUUACUCCAGUUAUGCAAGAAUCCAGAAUCUGGGGUUGGCAGUGAAGGAACACUAUUUAUACAAGGGAAAGAGAACUUUAUGCCACAUGUGCUUUUCAACCGGCUUACAGUGAAAUUAGUUCAAAAUGACACAUCUUCAGGUAAGAAAGGAUUAAGGAGAAGAGGUGACUUUUUUCUCUUUCAAAAUGAGUUGUACUACGAUUAUGCUGUAUAUGUAAUCGAUCCACUCAGAAGAGCGCGUUGUGCUUUGAGAAAGUCAACGAAAUCCUCUUACAUUGAACUGAUUCCCUUAUAUCCUGCAACAACAAAGUUUGACAGAACAAUCCGAGGGGCAUAUGCUAAGUGGAAGAACCAUGUUUUGAUGCAAAUUCAGCAAGUUAAGCAGACCAUCUGCCCACAUUUGCAUCUAGAAUGGUGUGUCAGAGAUCCAAGAAAGCCAAAGAUCAGAGAUGAGCUGAUGGCAAUAGAUCCGAAGGAGACUGAUCUCGCAGCAUGUGGGCUACCUGAGGAUUCAGUGUACAGACUGUGGUUUAUGCCAGACUCAAGUGAGAAGGAGCAUAGUGUUACCCCACCUGCCACAACAUUACCAAGUGAUACUGGAGGAGACAGAGAUGACGGUAUGUCUCAAGAAGAAAGAAUUUUAAAAUUACCUGCACCACCCCAGACCAGGCACUCUGCCUCACAAGGCAGGGAGGAGAUCAGAACAGAUGAUCUCAAAGAUACAUACCUGAGGAAAUUCUCCAUCACUCCAGAAGGUGGACAUGUUCACCUGAAGGAAGUUGGAGUAUUCCUGUUAGUGCCUCCAGGAGCUCUGGCUGAAACUACAGAAAUGUUCAUUGGUACUAGUUGGAGAGAAGAAGACAUGCCACCGCUGCCACCGUGUCAGACUAGAGCAAGUCCAGUUGUUGUCUGUGGACCACAUGGCCUGACAUUCAGAAAACCAGUGUACCUGUCAUUUUAUCACUGCAUAUCAGGCACACGUCAAAGAAAGAUGGGAAAGAUCUGUCCUGAAAAUCUGACGCAGAGUUCAAGAAUGGACAAUCCAUUUUACGUAUGGCAUUCAGAAACUCACUUAAAUGCCCCUUGUCAGUGGAAAGUAUUGAGCAGUGCUUCUGUUGUGUUGACAAACACCAAAUGUGUCUUAAUUGUGAACCAGUUCUGCAAACACAGUUUGUCAUGUGACAGUAAGCGUCUUUCUGCCUUGGUGUUUGGGUCAUUUCAGCCUCAACAUGUCCCCUUGCUGAAACUGAUGGUAUGCUGUGUCAAUGACACCCGAAAUGAGGUCGAGAUUGUGAGAACUAAUGCUAAGGAAUCUCUCCAAAUGGAGAUGUUAGCUCUGGAAAAGACAUUUGAACUAUUAACUUGUGAGUACAGUGAGAGUGAAGACAAGGAGUCCUAUGAUGUCAGCCUUUAUUUGGAUGGGUUUGAGACAGAGUGGAGCAUGCAUAAAGAUUGUCAGAAAAAGGUUAUAAAUUAUGUGAAAUUGUUCAAAAACAAAGCAGAAUAUGUAACGUAUUCCCUGAGCCCUAAAAUGGCAGACAGAUUCGAUGUAUUUGUCUGCAAGAUACACAUAAAGCAGGAAGUAUCUGAGGAUCAGGAAAAGGACAUCAAACAGUUGACAUCCACUGAGUUUGACAUCCACUGGAAGUUACCAGUAAGUUAG